AUGUUAAAAACAGUGAAGAAGAACGGCUUCUAUUAUUUUAUGAUGGAAUUUAAGGAACAAGAAAAUCAAAAAGGUACCAAAUAUUGUGAUUCGCAAGAUGUCAAAAGAAAUUACAGAUAUGAAAAUUUGUGGAAGUCAUUAUCUACUCAAGAAAAAGAAAUUUACCAUAACAAAGCAAGGGAAGAAAUGUCCAACAUGUGUGGAAAACGUACAGGCCUGGGUGAGCCUAUCAAAUUUAUAAUUGAACAACAGAUGAAACAUCUCAAGUAUGAGCUGAUAAUGAAAGAAUAUAUCAAUGAUAUUGUUGAUCAAGUUAUUGGUACAGGUCUCGGUUUUAAUACAUUUUACUUCAUUCACGUGAAUUGGUAUUACACUAAAACAAAUGUCAAUACUAAUGAAGUAGAUUACAUCCCCGCUGAAUUUGCACUUAUCGAGCUGACUUUGGAUCAAGGAAUCGAGCGAAUUUAUCACAAGAUAAUAAAAGUUAUCGUCGAAACAGGGUAUACUUUGGAAGCUCUUGAGCAUGGAGGCAAGACUCACAAAAUCGACAUAUAUCAUGAAGGUAAUGUUACUGAUUACAAGGACUUGUACGAUGAAUUAGUCACUUUUAUAUCGUGCAAGAAGAAAUGGUAUGAGAAACUCCCGCCUUUGUUCACGCUGGGCAAAUUCAAAACUGUUGUCACUUCUUUCUUAAAACGAAUCACGUCAGCUGCUGGAGUUUCAGAAGAUACGUUUGAUUUGUACUCUUUGGAAUACUUGUUUGGAACGUUUAUGAUUGAUUUAAAAUCAAUUGAAGAUACGGACAACCGUGCUGCAUUAGCAAGAGCUAAACUGGACCGAGAUCAAUUUCUUUACACAGCGGACAUUGAAUGUCUUUAUCAUCGCAGAAUUGAAGGGACUGAACCUUAUUGUAGCCAAUCUGUUGUUACUCAAUGGGCUUAUACAAUACUUAAUUACUGUUGCCCGUUGAUGUACAUUAAAAUGGAGGCUGGUAAACAUCGUCCGUACACUACCGAUGAGUUACUUUCAAGAGGAAUUCAGUCAAUGACUGUAAAAGAGCAUCGAAUUUUUAACAUCAAGUCUGAGACUGGGGUCACCGAAGCGUAUCGUGAACAGAAGAGCGCAAUUACUCGAAGAGAAGAAAUGCUGCGAAGAAAACAGAAUCGUCAAAUCACGUUUAUUGAUCAUGCACUCAAAUUGUCGCCAGAAAAUGCACACUUUUGGCAGUGA